AUGGGAGAUUGGAAGACUAUUACUGUGCCAGUGCUGUCAUCAGAUAGCAAAACAAUUUUUCAAUAUACCUCAGAAAAAAAGAUAUCUCCCCUAGGCAUGAACUCACAAGUGCUACGCUUGCCACUGCCUUCAACCAAAAGCAUGCACAGCUUUUUCAGUGCCUUCUGCACAGAAGAGAAUAUUGAACAGAGUAUAUCCUAUCUCAAUAGGGAAUUGACAACAUUGGGCUUUCCUUCUAUUUAUGCGGAGUCCAAAGGAAAAGAAUUAAAUUUAAUAUCUGUCAUAAAUUGCAUGAAUGAAUUGCUUGUACUGCAGCACAAGAACCUUCGAGCUCAGGAAGAAGUAGAAAUGCAGCAUCUGAAACUGGGUAGUGAUAUGGAUCACUUACAGAACUGCUAUGCUAAAUUAAAGGAACAGUUGGAAUUAUCUAAAAGGGAAAUAGUUGGACUUCAGGAAAGAGACAGACAACUGCAAAGCAAGAACAGAAAUUUGCACCAGUUACUUAAAAAUGAAAAGGAUGAAGUACAGAAGUUACAGAACAUAAUUUCAAGUAGAGCUACACAGUACAAUCAUGAUAUGAAGAGGAAAGAGAGAGAAUAUAACAAAUUAAAGGAACGCUUACAUCAAUUAGUCAUGAACAAAAAGGACAAAAAGAUAGCUAUGGAAGUUCUAAAUUAUGUUGGUAGAGCUGAUGGGAAGAGAGGUGCGUGGAGGACUGAUAAGACAGAAGCCAGAAAUGAAGAAGAAAUGUACAAAGUUCUGUUAAGUGAUUACGAACAACGCCAAAAACAGCUUUUAGUGGAAAAUGCUGAACUGAAAAAAGUUCUUCAGCAAAUGAAGAAAGAGAUUAUUUCACUUCUUCCACCACAGAAACAGAAACCUAAAGAAAGGUCUGAAGACGGGCCAGUGCUGUCAGACCUGGAGGAAGAUAUUGGAGAGUUAAAUAAGGAGAAUAUGUGGGAACUGUCUUGUGAAACUGUGCGAGAGCAGCUUACCAACAGCAUUAGAAAACAAUGGAGAAUGUUGAAAAAUCAUGUUGAAAAGCUGGAUAACCAAGUGUCACGUGUACAUUCAGGAGCUUUGAAUGAAAAAGAUGUCAUUUCAAGAGAAGUCCAUGAGCUGGAAACUGAAAAGCUAGAGUUAGAGAUCCAGCAAUGUAAAGAAAUGAUCAAAACUCAGCAACAGCUCUUACAGCAGCAGCUUAUGUCUCCAUGUGAUGAUGACACUACUCUGUUACUACAGGACUGCUAUUUGUUGGAAGAAAGAGAGCGUCUUCAGGAAGAAUGGAGACUAUUUCGAGAACAAAAAAAGAAUUUUGAGAAGGAACGAAGAAGUUUUACAGAAGCUGCUAUUAGAUUAGGACUUGAGAGAAAGGCAUUUGAAGAAGAUAGAGGAGCAUGGCUGAAGCAACAGUUCUUAAGUAUGUCUACUGAUUACAAGCACUCUGAAAAUGUGACAACUUCAAGUGCCUUCUUAGGAAGUUCUGACCAAGACAAUCGGAUAGUGAAAUCUACAUCUCAGCAAAGAAAACCUCACUGUAUGCUGAGUGGUCCUGUUCCAGCAGAACCUUGCCAGACAUCUCAGUAUAUUACACGUAACAGCUCUAGUGCUGCAUCAAAAAAACCUGCUGGAGAUAGCAAGCCAAAUCAGUGGGUGGAAAGUGACAAAGAAGAAGCCGAGUAA